AUGACCACGUGCGAGAUGGAUAUGAGUGAAUCUUCGAUGGCUCCAGCAGUUUCGCUGGAGCAUGCAGAUUUUCCCCAUCUCACUACGGUAGAAUGGCAGGCAUUACACCGCCUCGCGGCGGUGUCUGGUGAAAUCUUCGUGACGUCGCUGCUGAGCACAGCGACGCCCGAACAACACCGUGCCGCCAUUCAAGACUACAUGGUGCGCGAGCUCGCCGAAGCGAACCGGCGAGUACAUACUCCCUCGCGCCCCUCCCAUUACGAUGCAAUUAAAAUGGAGACGUCGACAUACUCUGGUGAUGGUCCAGAUCGUCUCCCCCUUAAUCGCUGGUUUAGGGAGAUUGACAUCGCCAUAGCGUCAAGGUUGAUUGACGCUCCGACGGCCAAGGUUAAUUUCCUACUGUCUCGGCUUGUUGGUAAAGCCAAAGAAUGGGCUCUUGGGAAGCUCGUUGUAAACGAGUUGGCAUUCCCCACGCUGGACGAUAUCCAGCGCGACUUACGACUGGCGUUCGAGCCCCCUCAAGAUGAGUCACGCUUGCGCGCAGAUUUCUUUUCACUUCGACAGGGCAAGCUGUCGAUGCGUGAUUACGUACAGAAGACGCGACAUCUUGCUUCGUGUAUCAUCACGCAGCCGAUCGACAUGGCUUCGCAAGUUCAUGUAUUUGUCUUUGGUAUGCAAGAGGGCAUGACCCGCUAUUGCCUCACACGUGCUGAACCUAAGACUCUUGAGGAGGCAUUUGCCCUCGCGCUUCGUGAAGAUUACACGGUCGCAUCGUCAUAUUUGCAGGCAGCGUCGCAACGCCCGCGUACGUCUGGCCCAGAGCCUAUGGAAAUUGACGUUAUCGAUGCAUCUCGUGGUCGCGGCAAGCAAUUUGGCCGCGACAUUCGAAGUCAAAACACGAUGAAGUGUUAUCGGUGCGGCAAGACUGGCCAUCGUGCGGCCGUCUGCCGAGCACCAGCGCCGGUGUCCAUGAACACAGCUGUCUCACGUGGAGAUACUGUGUCGUCAGUGGUACCGCCAAAAGCGAGCGGUUCCAGUAGGCGCGGGGCGCUCUACUGGCAUGAGGGAGCCCCGAGUAUUCAAGUGGCAGCUCGGGCUCCUAGCCCUAAAGUGAUCCAUACUCACCUCCAUGCCACCACCACGCGCGACGAUUCAAGACUGAUCAUCAUCAGUCUCGUCGUCGCUGGAGUAAACGAUCACUCCGAGCGUUUUACGGUUCGAGAAGGUCCAGGUGACAUCGUUGUCAAACUUGCUGAUGGACAACCACAGCGUGUCCCGCGUAAAACAGUGGUUUUGCCGUACACGUUCGACGGCUUCCAAAGUAAUGACGAAUUUUUGGUGUACGAGAUGAAUUAUGCAUUCGAUUGCAUCUUGGGGAUACCGUGGCUGUCACGGUAUCAGCCGACGAUAGACUGGCUAUCUCGGUCCGUCAAACGACGAAGCGGUUACGACGUAAGUGAAGUUUUCACUCAUCUGUUGGUAGCGCCAUCCGAUUGGCCUCACGUCAGGGUCGUGAACGAACUCGCCACGACUAGAAGUCAGCACAGAGAGAGCGAUGGCCCUCUGUGUCCGGUAUGUUCUGUCACACUGAUAGAACCACAACACGAGGCGGUCGAGCAGAGGUUCCCGCAAACCCAGACAUCGGUCGAGCAGGGGCUCCCGAUUCACAACGAGACGGUCGAACAGAGGUUCCCGCACACACAGACAUCGGUCGAGCAGGGGCUCCCGAUUCACAACGAGGCGGUCGAACAGGGGUUCCCGCACACACGGACAUCGGUCGAGCAGGGGCUCCCGAUUCACAACGAGGCGGUCGAACAGGGGUUCCCGCACACACGGACUUCGGUCGAGCAGGGGUUCCCGCACACACGGACAUCGGUCGAGCAGGGGCUCCCGCAUACACACACAACGGCCGAGCAGAGGCUCCCGAUUGUAACCGAGGUGGUCGAGCAGAGGCUCCCACAUACAUCUGAGGCGGUCGACGACGAGCUCCCGCCUCUUAUCGACGAGAAUGAACGGGCUGUGGACUUAAAUGUGAACGACGUGGUGGAGACAGAGCUCCCACGUCUAGCGGGGGGUAUGUCAUCCUCCAGCGACAGCAAUGUGCCAGCCUCGAGCAGUGGCUCAAGACGCAAGAGAAAGCGUAAACGCAAGAAAGGGUCUUCACAUCGUGGCCGCUACGUUGAGGUAGCGAGCCCUCCGUGCACUGUUGCAGAGAUCACAUCUCUAUUAACCCUACCAUGGAAAGAUUUCCUUCACGACCUCAAGGCCGGCGACAUCGAGCAAGUGUGCAUCAUAUCAGCCGCCGAAGCAGCUAGUGGAGAAGUUCUGGAGGCUCGCCCAAAGAGCGCUGAGCCCAAAUCAGCGCGCGAAGAACGUUUCGUGGCACAGUCUUGGGAAGCCCUUCGUGCUUCGGGCAACCCUGUCUAUGAUAUCGCGCGUGAGUAUGCCGACAUCUUUCCGGAGAAUAUCCCCGCUGAGCUUCCAGCGGAUCGUGGUGUGCGACACGAGAUCGAUCUCGUGCCAGGAUCGAAGUAUUGCGUGACGCGGCAGUGGCGGCUACCGCGUGACCAAGUCAUCGCAAUUGAUGAAUUUUUUGAGGGCCGCCGUAAGGCAGGACACGUCCGCGAAAGCAUAUUGCCACAUUCGAGUCCGACUUUCUGUGUGAAGAAAGCCACCGGCGGUUGGCGCAUCGUGCAUGCUUUUAACAAGUUGAAUGACGCCACGAUCCCGGCUCAAACACCAAUUCCUCGGAAAGACAUGGUACUGGAUACCAUGUCCGGCAGCGAGAUUUUUAGCGCCAUAGACCUGACAGACGGGUUUUACCAGAUUUUAAUGAGGGACAGUGAUAUCCCGUUCACCGCUGUCAGCACACCGAGUGGGAUGCUUUGGGAGUGGCUAGUCAUGCCACAAGGCCUUAAGAACGCUCCAGCAACGUUCAACCGAAUGGUGACACAAGUGCUUCGGCCACUACGUGAUUUCGCUCCAAGCUAUUUCGACGAUAUCUUCGUACACAGCCGCGCUGAGCAACAACUCAGCGCUACGGAGGUCCACCUUCGGCAUUUGAAACAGGUGUUCCAAGUGAUGCGCGAGAACAAACUGUACGCAAAUUUGAAGAAGUGCGUCUUCUGCGCUCCCGAGAUUCCAGUUCUUGGAUGCUAUGUUAGCAAGGAAGGUGUCCAUGCUGAACCCGAGAAAGUGUCAUCGAUAUGUUCAUGGCCUACGCCCAGGAACCAAACGGAACUACGCCAAUGGCUUGGCUUGGCCAAUUACUUGCAUAAGUAUACGAAGAACUAUGCAGAACUAAUCCAGCCACUAUCGACUCUACUGAAGAAAGACGCAGUUUGGUCAUGGAAAGCUGAACAUCACUCUGCCUUCAACUCUGUGAAAAAGAGCUUGUCUGAAGCACCAGUGCUGAUGUUGCCUGAUGAUUCCAAGCCAUUUCACGUCGUCUGUGAUGCGAGUGAUUUCGCUAUUGGAUGUGCCCUCAUGCAGUUUGACGAUGAGGUCCAAGAGCGCGUCGUGAGCUUUCAGUCACGGCAGAUGAAACCCGCAGAGCGGAACUAUCCGGUACAUGACAAGGAACUUUUGGCUAUGCGUUACGCGCUGAUCAAGUUCAGAGUAUAUUUGCUCGGCGAGAAGAUGUUUUCGGUCUAUACAGAUCACGCAUCAUUGCGUACCGCCGUCAAGACUCCCCACUUGUCCCAGCGUAUGGCACGUUGGUUGUCAUACUUCUCAGAGUAUAAUUUCGUGGUCUUUUACAAACCCGGCAAGAACAACAUUCUUGCUGACGCGCUUUCUCGACGUCCCGAUUAUGAUCCUCGACGUGACAUGGGUCAUCAGCCAGGCAUUGCUGAAGACGAGGACGACGACAUUUGUUUAUGCUGUGCUGAGCAGGGGCUCAAUGCAAUGAUUUCGACACCUGAGCUGUCAAUCCGGACUCAAAUCGCUGAGUCAUAUGCGAACGAUUCAUUCUACACGGGAAUCAUCAAUUAUCUUCGACACCCUAGUGAGGGUUCACUCGCGAAGUUGACGAAACCAACGCGUGACAACAUCAAGCGGUACGCGCUUGAUGGUCCGCUGCUGACUUAUACAAUGGACGUUUUCGACCCACCGCGCGUCGUCAUCCCUGCUGAUGACGACCUCCGCGCACGAUUGGUGCAUGAAUUUCAUGACACUCCAACUGGUGGUCAUUUGGGUCGCGAGAAGACGUUCGCGGCCAUCUCUCGUGUGUUUUUCUGGCCGCGUAUGUACAAAUACAUCCAGAAAUGGGUACGCUCUUGUGAAAUAUGCCAGCGUGUGAAGCCUGCGCCGUCUUCACAAGCUCCAUUGCGUCCGCUUCCGAUUGCCACGGAAGCCUGGCGUUCGGUCAGCAUAGAUUUCAUCUUUGGUCUCCCUCCGGACGAACAGAAACGCACGGGCGUAUUGGUUUUUGUGGAUCGAUUUAGCAAAAUGGUGCAUUUUGCUCCAGUCUCCGCGCACGUUACGGCGGAGACGACCGCGCAGAUCUUCAUCGAUCUCAUAUUUCGACAUCACGGCUUGCCUGAAUCAAUUGUUUCGGACCGCGACCCGCGCUUUACAUCAGCUUUUUGGGCAACGUUGUUUCAACUAUUGGGCACGCGACUGCUUAUGUCUACGGCAGCCCAUCCAGAGACGGAUGGGCAAACGGAGCGCGUGAACAGAGUGCUUGAAGAUGUACUACGCAGUUAUGCGACAUCGUUCCAGUCGUGGAGUUCGUUUCUCCCUCUCGCUGAAUUUGCAAUCUACAACGCAAUUCAUGCGUCGACUGGGUUAACGCCAUUUUUCGUGAAUAACGCGAGGCACCCUCGCGUUCCAGCGCUUCUUGCUCUUUCAGCUUCAGCACACCCAGUUUCUCAGCUUGGUGGGGGAGUAUCUCCCGAUGACACUACGCGAAAAAUUUUGAUGAUUGGUAAUGUUGAAGACAAGGUUGCUGCCGAUGCAACUCAUACUGUUAAUUUCGUGGCCAAUGGCAUAUCGAGUCCCGACGCGAUGCAUCCCAUCGCGUCUCCCGUCGCUAAUUUUGCUCCUAAAGAGUCCACUUCUCCUGUAAGUUCGGCUGCUGUGACCGAAUUCCUAUUACUACGGCAAAGUAUCACGCGUUUUGUACGCGAUGCACUCCAAGAAGCAGUGGAUAAACAAAAGGAGAACGCGGACAAGCGAGGUCGAAAGAACUUGCUGACGUUCAAAGAAGGUGACAGAGUCUUACUAUCGACAAGCGGAUUACCAGACACGUCAGUAACGAAUUUGGGCGCUAAUAAAUUAGCGCCAAGAUAUAUUGGGCCCUUUCGGAUUGUUGAAGUCCAUGGAGAUGCUUACACGCUAGACAUACCUACCACUAUGCGUUUGCACCCGACAUUCUAUGUCGGGCGCCUUAAGGCUUACCUGCCGGCGGAUCUCCCUUUGGUCCUUCCUCACUCGUCUGUAUCGGCUCAAAGUCCGACACCCCCUGCCGACGACGCUGACGACGACUGGGACCAAGUCCUAGACGAGCGCGAGCAGACUCGUUCUGCUGGGGUCCACCGAACGCAGCAGUCUCGAGCUGUCGCAGACGCUCCACCAAGCCCUGCUGCUCCCGUCGGGUUCUCUCGGCAGCCUCUGUCGCAGCUGCUGCACGAUCUCGAGCCCUCUCGGCCAUCUCACGGGCAUCCAGAAGGCCGUUCAUCGCCUCUUCAGUGUCAGCACGAAGGAAACGAAGCUCGUCACUCGACGGCACAGGCGCCCGAUUAUGAGAAUCGGCGCCCAACCCAAGAAGCCUUCCGUCGUGAUGCUCCUCCUCCCUUGGUAGAUGCAUCGGGUGAGCGACGCUGGAUUGUGGACCGUAUCGUCGGUCAUGAAGACCCCACGCCUCUUGCGCCGAGUAGUGGCUCGGCGCCAUCGAAGAGUCGUUCAGAAACGCAUUACAAGGUCCGAUGGUUGGGUUAUUCACCAACGGAAGACACGUGGGAGCCUCGAAGUAUGCUGGCUCACGAUGUUCCUGACGUCGUUGAGGAGUACGAGACCAGUAAGAGGUCGGCGAACGCGACCGACGCUGCUGACUCCUUCCACGAUCCCGCGAACCGUAACGUGCGUGAAUUGGCGAUCGACGACGAUCUCCCCGAGCGACUCCGACGUCUUCUACGAGGAUCGGGAGCAUUUGGAUACCUUGACGGUCGAGAGCGACUACGAGAACGACCUCGGUGGUCGUAA